UUGGAAGCGGGACGCAACGAUGAUAGCGGUGAACUGACGUUAUACGAAGAAAAUGGCAGUCUCCGUUCUCAGCGUGUUGCUGUUGCUCUUCCGAAAGGUGCACCAUCUGUUAGUUGUUAUCGCCCUCGUGCAGCAGGUGUCUACGUCGUGUCCCCCCGUCCCCGCGUGCGAGACGUGCUACCGGGAACCUGGCGAUUGGAAAGACGAGCAGACGACACCUUGGAUUUAUGAAUGUCCAAACGCUGCACAACUCACCAAGGGUGUCAUAUGUCACGAUUUUCAGCACCUCCGUGUGCCGGUGAGUCAUCUGGAUCUCCGCCAUUACAACUUCAGGGAAACUAAUCUGUGCACAACUUUGGAACACAGUUUGAAGUUUUGCAACUUUCCGACCAGCGCCAUCAAAUCGAUCGAUCUCUCCUAUUCGAGAUUCAUGUAUAAAUGUUCUACAGAGCUGUUUGGGUUUCUGUACUCCGUAAUGAACUCCGUGGAGGUUCUGCGUCUUCACUCCCUCACAUACUUGCUCCCAGUUCUGCCCAUAGAAGCGGCUUCGGCAAGUCUCCGAUUUACACGUCUACGAGAGUUGGACCUCAGCUCCAACGACUACACGGAGAAGUCAGUUGAAAGGGGAAUCGGGAACCAUAAAUGGGAUUCUCUGGAAGUUUUGAACUUUGACGACAACAAUGCCCAGGGAAUACCUAAAGAGUUUAGACCAUUGCCACUGAAACACCUGUCCAUGGCCAAUAACCAAAUCCAGAUGAGUAUAGCCAGCAGUGACGUUAAUCGGACCCAAGCUACCAUCGACUCCUUGAAAUACCUGCCACGUACGCUGGAGUCCCUGGAUCUGAGCGGAAAUACCAUAAACUUCUUCCCCAGCGCCUUGGCACAAUUCUCUCAGCUCAAAACCCUUCGACUGAGCGCGGUGAAGUUAAGUCGUCGCAUCGACAUUGCUUCGGCGGAUGGGUUAGAACACUUGGAAUUUCUGGACCUUAGUGGCAACCUCUUAAGCCAGGUCACCCUCGGAAACUUUCUCCAUGACCUGCAUGAUUUAAAAGUUCUGAACCUCAGUAAGAAUUUUUUCGACAGUUGGCCCUUGGACCUGGAUCAUUUGCCCGAGCUGCGGCAACUCCACCUGCAGCAUAACACUUUAACCACGUUGAUGCCCUUUGCCUUACAGAGCUGUGACAAACUAAGUCACCUAGAUGUCAGCAACAAUAAAAUUCUCAUCAUCUCAGAACCCGGCUUUCACGGGAUUGAGAAAAGCCUGCAGGUUCUGCGCCUGAACAACAACAAGAUAAGAACCUUAGACAAGUGCACGUUUAAGAGGCUCUCGGCUCUACGGCAACUCACGGUAAGCGGAAACCCUCUCCAUUGCGACUGUUCUCUUGCUUGGAUACAGCAUGUGUCGCAGAAAUCCAUCUUCACAGUCUUCGACAUCAGCAAAGCAAUUUGCCACUCGCCAAUAAGGUUUAAGGGGAUGGCAAUUGGGGAUUUCCCCACAGAUGAAUGCUCCAAAGAGGAAUUGGCUUUCGAAGGUUGCCCCCGCGUUGAUUCUGUGCCCCCAAACUACAGUAAUCAAGCUGGCAAUGGAACAUCUCCCAAUUUUGAAGACCCUUGGCACAUUGUUGUCACGGUGUCCCUGAUAAUGGCGGCCAUUAACUCGAUUCUUGUUUUUGUUAUCUUCACUUGUAAUCGACGACAACGCCGUAGCGUUACCGCCUUAUUAAGCGGGGAAGAAGCAUUAACAGAAAAUCCUUACACAUCGUUGAAACGUAUGUCAAAGUUGUCAGCAAAACCCACGGACAAGCCGGCUAAAGGCUACACCGGACUCAAAUGGGGCGUGAGGGAGUCUGCUCCCAGUCAGCAAACCGCGCCUAAAGUUGCCUGCAACAAGAUGGCGCCACCUUACACCGUCACUUUCCAAAAAGGCCCCGAAUCUGAUGAAUAUGAAGAUACUACUUAUACAAAGCCUGCGGCAGGUGGCGCGACUGCUCAAAUCCAACACGCACCAAUGAAAAUUGAACAAGCCAUUGGGCACGGCCUGAAGGGCGAUGCCAACAUGGGCGCUGCUAUGCAAGCUGAGCCAAGACCUUCCGCCGAUGACUAUAUCUCGUUUGAUAAGAGCGGCCAACAAGGAGAUACGUACUGCGAUGCCGGGGAGCCGGAGGCUUAUUACAACACUGGAAAGAAGAAAGCCUACAUCCAGCCAAUCAUCUACGACGACAGCAAGGGGUAAAUUCAGGAGGGGUCGUAGCAAUAGAAGUUUCAUUGGUCCGAAAGUCUGAUAGCGUGAAUAAAUGUCUAAUUAAGGUGUAUAGUGUACUGGCAAUAAUAAAAUGAAGUUCAUCAGGCCCGUAGCCAGCAAUUUCAAAAGGGGGGUUCUUUUUCUGGAAAA